UCCAGCCCCCACUGGACCCCCAGCACAGGGUCACCCACUCCAGUCCCCAACCCCCAGCUGCCCCCCACAACUUUGCCAUCCCCUGCCACCCCUCAACCCCCCAGGCAGGAGGCUGGGCACCACCACAGGAAGAUGGGGCCCCGGAGGCGGCUGGGUGCAAAGGGCCCCGCCUGGCAGCUGCCCCCUGGCACAGUGCGGCUGGUGCACAGGGGUGCAGGGCCCGGGCGGGGCCGGCUGGAGAUCCUGGUGGGGGGCCAGUGGGGCACAGUCUGCGACGAUUUCUUCGACGGGCGGGCGGCUGCUGUGGUGUGCCGGCAGCUGGGCUACGGGCAAGUGCGGAGGGUGGCCCGCCGGGCGGAGUUCGGGCAAGGGGCCGCGCUGCCCAUCCUGCUGGAGUGCCGGACCGCCCCCCCCGGGCAGCACAACUGUGCCCACAGCGAGGACGUGGGGGUGGGGUGCGGGAACCGGGAGGGCCAGGGGCUGCCCAGGGGGAGCCGAGGGGGCCAAGCCCUGUAACUUCUGCCUCCUUCUUGCCCUCUGCGCUCUGGUGGGGGGAGGGGGGAGACACGGACAGCCAGGGUUGGGGGCUGGGCUGGGCCCUGCCACCCCCAUCCAGCCCAGCCCCCUACUCCCCCCACAACUUCAGGGACUUGGGAGCCACAUGGCCCAGAGGCCCCCAGGAGCAGCUGCUCAGGGUUCCCGUUUUCCUUUUACAGCGGGGGGUUUAAGAAUGGGGGGGCUUCUCCCCCCACUGCUGGGCUGGGAGGUGUCGGUUCUGGCGGGGGGGGGCGGGGAGUCAGGACUCCUGGGUUCUAUUGUUGGCUCUACCCUUGCCUUGAGCGCCGGGCCAGGGCGGGGUGAGGGGACAGAGGGCACAAUACCACGCCACUGGCUCCUU